AUGGCCAGCAGUAAUCAACCAUUGGAUGACAAAGGAGACAAAUAUGACAGAAAUCAUGAUAAUGAAAGACUGUUAACUGAGAAUGAGGCUUCACAAUUUGAUGGGAAAAAAGGAAUUCGAAUUCUUAUAAUUGGAAAGACAGGGGACGGUAAAAGUGCCACCGGAAAUACAAUGAUGGGUCAACAAUGGUUUGAAUCAGACAGUUCCGGUAAAUCAGUUACUCAAAAAGGAAAAGCUGGCAGAAUAAAAUGGAAAGAACAACAUAUCAAAAUUGUUGAUACCCCGGGAUUAUUUAACAACAGAAUGACAGAAGAGGAUCUCAAGCGUGAAAUAAUAAAGUGCAUGACUUUGAUAUUACCCGGACCACAUAUCAUUAUGUACGUGAUAAGAAUUGGGAGAUAUACGAAAGAAGAUAUUGAAGGUGCUGACAAGUUUUUACAGAUUCUUGAUGGCAAUAUAUACAAUAAUGUAAUUAUUGUUUUAACUGGACGAGAUGACCUAGAAUUCCAUGAUAAAUCACCGAAUAACUAUUUAGAGACUGUAACCCCCAAAUUCGGCAAUUUUGCAAAGAAAUGUAGUCAGCGAUAUAUCUUUGUCGACAAUCGAUCGAAAAAUAAGAAAGGUGAAUGGAUUAACAUGUACUCUGCAAUUGAUAAAAUGUUGUUCGAAAACAAUCAUUCUUAUUUUACCAACCAGCUGUUGAAAAAUCUUGAUGAAGCGUUUGGUGAUAUAAAAGAUGAAUGCGUUGAAGACGACAAUAGCCUACCGAAAGAAGAAAUAAUUGCCACUUUAGAAAAGAAAAUCGAAAACGAAGGAAGUGCACUUAUUGUCUUGUUAAAAAAUGCAUCCGUUGGAGCAAUAGCUUGUGGACUAUUUAGUGCGAUGUUUUAUCGUUCUAUUGUUAUAGUGAGUGCUGGUGCAAUAAUCGGUGCAGGAGGAGCAACAAUAUAUACAGGCGGUACAUACGCUUAUAAGAAAUUAUGCACAAUAUUAUAG